CUCCUGGCCCAGGGAAGGGUUCCCUUAAAUGCAGAGCAGCGCUCCUGCCUGGUACCCGGCACUGCCGCCCCAUCACUGAGACCACGAUGCCAACAUUUGCCUGUCUCCUUUUCUGUGGAUGUAUUGCACUGAGCCUGGGGAACACGCAGAAAUUGCCCAGAGUGAAAAGGCAGAGCCUGAAGGUUCAGAUCAAUGCCACAGAGGACACGGUUUGCAUGAGGUAUCUCCGGCCAAGUCAAGGCACCAAGCUAGAAGGCUUUGUCCUGGGUUAUGGAAACAACUUCUUUUCUAAUCAGUACAUUCCUUUACCUUCAGAAGGAAAAAACUAUGUAACAGAACUUGAUGCAGAGCCACGGUAUUUGGUUUCAGUACGACCAGCACGAGUUUCAAACAACAAGAAAUCUUGUUCAGGUCGGAACAAGGCACAGAAGCCGCUGCAGCUGGUGGUUGGCACUCUCACCCCAACCUCUGUGUUCCUCUCCUGGGGCAUCCUGGUCAACCCUCAGCUGGACUGGACGGCGACGAGCAGCUGUGCUGGUGACAGGUUCUAUACAGUUCGCUACAGAGAAAAAGGAAAAGACAAGAAAUGGGUUUUUCAGCUCUGUCCAGCUACAGAGACAGUGAUUGACAACCUGAAGCCAAACACACCUUAUGAAUUUGGAGUUAAAGACAAUGCAGAGGACAGUAUUUGGAGCAAGACUUUGAAUCAUAAGACAGUUCUCUCUAGUAAAAAAGUAAAUGGACAACUCCAGAAUAUGUAUAAGUUGGUACCCAAUUCCCAAACACAGAUUAUACUGAGUGAUAAUAAGAAGUUGGUCCCUGUCACAAUAAUCAAACAAAUUAUUCAAAAUCGGACACAGUCAAAAGCACCAGAUAGUUCUUCUCUCCCAGGAGCAAUAUUAGUGCACCUUAUUGUUCCAGGUCUCAAUGAGAGUCAGCAGAAACUUCCUCCUCUCCUGACAAUAGAUGACAUACCUCAAGCAUCCAGGAAAAAACUGGCUAAGAAUGAAACUGGAGUAUGGCCUGCUGAAUCCAAAACACCAGAAGUUCAAGAAAUCUCCCCACAGUCCCUUCCAGCUCAGGCUGAGAAAACACAUGGACCUGAAGAUUUUAAAUCGACGCCUAAACCCAAAUUGGUGCAAACUCAAAAUAUACCGGCUUCUAACGAAAUUCAGCUACUUCCUUCUGGAUCCAGAAUUCCUGAUGCUCCAAAAAGUCCAUUGACAGAACUUGCUACUCAGAGUCCCACCUUGAAAUCCGUAUCUCUACCUUCUGCAGAAACAAUAGAGAUGGAAAUGGCUUUUGAGGAAAAACAGCCUGUUCCUUCAGGAUCCAAACCCGCCGGUACCACGGAAGCGCAACCAACCCGACCCGCUUCACAUGACUUUCUUCAUGUUAUUUCUACUCCCCAGACUCUUACCUCUUCAGAAAUACCAGGCACUGAUUUAGGUGAAAGGAAACCUCCUUCUUCGAGAUUCACAACAUCUGGCAUGCCAGAAAUGCCACCAGUCUCAGCUGCGAGCGAGAGGCCAGAGCUGGGAUGGACCUCGUGUGCCCCCCGGGAAUCCAGCAGGAUGGCCUCACUGGACUCUAAUCAUAUUAGUUUCCUGUCCCAAACUUCUGCAUCUGCAGAAAUAUCAAAACCAGAGACUGUUACAAGUUCAGCUGACUUGGAAAAGCCUUUGUCUCCUCUUUCCAGAGCACCUCAGGUGCUAACAACAACUGCGGUUUUCAGUGGUAUUCAGCCUGUUCUUUCAAGUCCUGUGUCACCUAGUAAGCCUGAAAUGGCAGAAACUGGACCAGCAGCAGCAAGUGAAUCCAUUCUGGAAUCUUUCACACCUAAAACUUCCCAUCCUUUUCAAUGGCCAAGGGUAACAUUAGCUCCAAAAGAAAUACCACUUAUUCCUUCUAAACCGAAACCAUCUGCUACCCCAGGAGUACAACGUGUGAAACCUGCCCCUAAACCACCACUUUUGGAGCCUAAAACUUCUGAGACUGUAGAACAGCCAAAAGCAACCCUAGCUCCUAAAGAAGCAAAGCUCACUACUUCUGCAAAGCUCACUACUUCUGCAUCUAAACCUAGACCAUCUGCCAGACCCCAAAAGCCACGAACUAAACCUGCAGCAGCCAUGCCAGGGUCAGGCACUUCCAGGAGUCCCUACACGUCUGAACGUGCCAAGACUGCAGAGGUCUUGGAUCCUAUUACACUUAGAAUUGAACCACCAAGGUCACCCAUAGCUCCAAAGGUGACUCAACGUGUUCCUUCUAAGCCUAAAACUUCACCCAAACCUCACAUCCCACAAGCCAAAGAUGUCCUGGAAUCUAUAACACUUAGAACUGAUCAACUAAAACCAACGCUAGUUCCUAGAGGACCACAGUAUUUUCCUUCCAAACCUAGAACAUCACCAAGCCCAGAGGUGCCACGGACAAGACCCGCUUCUAAAGACACGUAUCACAGGCCUUCCAAACCUAAAACAUCACCCAGUCCACGUGUUCCUCCAACUAGAGCAAGUCCCAAAGAAAGUCGACGAGUCCCUUCCAAGCCCAGGGCAUCACCAAGUCCGGACGUACCACACACAAAGCCUGCUCUUAAAGAACCACAACAUAUUCCUUUUAAACCUAGAGCAACUCCCAUGCCGGAUGCUCCAUACAGGAAGCCUGAGAUUUUUCCAAGCUUUGAUGAAGAAGAUACUACUGUGAUUCCUCAUAUUCCUGAAAGAACAAAAGCAACAUUUGCUCCAACUGAAAAACAGUUCAUUCAUACCAAACAAAAAACAACUGAAAGACCAAGAGUGCCAUACACCAGACUUGCAAUAUAUCCGACAACUCCACAACCAAUUGUCACAAAAUCUUCUACUACUGGUCCAUCAAGGGCAACAAUGGCUCCAAAAGAAACACUGCUCAUUCCUUCCAAAUCCAAAACAUCUGUUGGGCCAGAAGUACCACAAACAAAACCUGCUCCAAGGGCAACACACCUGGGAUCAAUUAACCUUGUAACAGUUCAUGUUGUUGAUGGGUCCAAAAUAACUUUGGUUCCCAAUGAAACAUACCACAUUUCACCCAGACCCAAAAUUGGUCAAGCAACUGAAAUUCCUUGGUUCGAUACAGCACCUCAUAAAACUCGUCUCACUUCUGCAAGACCACGGCCAUCAGAUAAACCACAGACCAGACCUGCUUUUAGUAAAACCACACUAGCACCAGCCAGAACAAAAGCACCUGCACUGCCAAAGUGGAUUGUGCCAACAACAGAUGACCUUUAUACACCUGAGGCUACUGCCAGACCAAUUGACAUGGGUGUCAAAAGACCUCCAGAAUACUUUGAUACCUGGCAAAAGCCAAUUUCUGUGACCAUACCACCUGGCCCUCAGCACCCUCCUAUACCUCCUGCCAGACCCACACAAAUGAGAAGAAAGCCUCUGCCUCCUAACACCGUGACUGGUAAACCAGGGAGUCCAGCUAAGCCUGCUGGACCAACACCACCUGUGAGGACAGGAACAUUAUAUAAGACACCAACAGCUUUUGCAACUCCAGAGUAUUAUGUUGAUGAAACUGUCUUCAGCUCAAGUCCUACAUCAGAAACAGAUUCUUCAGGAAAACCAAGGUACCAAGCCCCUCAUGUCAAGUACAUGAAGAAGGAUGAUGAUGUGCCUUGCUCCAUCACAAGCUCUCUGGAACAUUUUCCUCAAGAAGAAGUUGGCAGCAAGGAAGAGCCCACUCGUCCUCCACAAAAUCCUCCGACCAACCUCACGGUGGUGACUGUAGAGGGCUGCCCAUCCUUUGUCAUACUGGAUUGGGAAAAACCAGACAAUGACACUGUUACUGAGUAUGAGGUUGUGUCAACUGAAAAUGGAGGAAGUGAUGGUGAAAAGGAGAAAUCAAUUAUCACUACAAAUCAAACCCAUUCUACUGUGGAAAACCUAAAACCUGACACAAGUUAUGAAUUCCAUGUGAAGCCCAGGAACCCCCUUGGUGAAGGUCCAAGUAGCAAUGUUGUGGCAUUCAGUACUGAAUCGGCGGACCCAAGAGUGAGUGAGCCAAUUUCAAUGGGGAAAGAUGCUAUCUGGACUGAAAUCCCAUUCAAUUCAGACUCAUACUCAGAAUGCAAAGGCAAACAAUACGUAAAGAGGACUUGGUACAAGAAGUUUGUGGGUGUGCAGCUGUGCAAUUCUUUGAGAUACAAGAUAUACCUCAGUGAUUCACUUACAGGAAAAUUUUAUAACAUAGGAGACCAGAGGGGCCAUGGAGAAGAUCACUGCCAAUUUGUAGACUCAUUCUUAGAUGGAAGGACGGGACAGCAAGAAGAUCUACCAGUCAAAGAUGGAUUUUUCAGGGCAGUUCGUCAGGAACCGGUCAAGUUUGGGAAGAUAGGCGGGGAGACUCAGAUUAACUACGUGCGCUGGUACGAGUGUGGCACGUCGAUACCUGGCAAGUGGUAGGUGGCACCCACGUGUGCACAGGCCCGACUGCCCGGCGCAGGCUGCAGCAGGCAAGGCUCGCGGUGCCCGGCACCGCGGGGUUGUGCCAGUCGAACGCCAAUUCUGCCUUCAUUGUGUAAUAGUGUAGGCUGCUUACUGUAGUUAUCCAGUGUUACAAAUCUGUGUUUAGAAUUAAAAAAACACAGGCUAGGGACGUGUUGUAGGGUAAUGUAUAGGGAAGCUGGCUCCCUAUUCUUGAGGUAUGGUUUGUAUGGUAUUUUAAAAGAUGCGGUGUGUAUAUUAUUUAUCACGAUGUUGUAAUAAAUGUUUAAGGCACGGAUAUGCCAGUGUUGGUCACGGAAUGCAAUGUGCGUUAGUUUUAAAUAUUCACUGGUCCUGUAACGUGCCGUAAGUGCCAUAAGCUACCCAUCCUAAUCCAUCUGUAACAUCUCCCAGUCGUAAAUUAUAGAAAAGAUCCUAUAAUUUUUAAUAUCCUGCAGCCAGUAAACUUGAAGCACUUUCUCCUUACACGUACAGUUUAUGCUCCUGCCAAAAUGCCGAGGUAGGCUGCUGUAUGUGCAGCUUUAAAUGAUCAAGUUCAGUGGGGUUUUCUUCCCUGUUUGUUUUCAAAUGUUUCAGCCCCAGCCAAAGCCAUGCUCAGCCUGUCAUUAUGGAGUCAGAGCUGCUGCCCGUGAGCCUGGCAGUGGCCAGCAGGGAGGGUCGGUGUUCUCUAAUUGAAGUGGACAGGUACAUAUGUACAUGGAAUGAAAAAACAAAGCUGGCCUCCACAGCUGGGGUUUUUCAGGAAAAUGCAGUUUUCAGAGCCUGACACUUACUGGUUCAAAAGCCAAAUGUAUGUACCGUGAAAGAGGACUCGGAAAGACAAAUUAAAGAGGAAAAAGAAUAAACUAGUUAUAACAGCA